GUGCGGCAGGACCGCCUCAGAAAGCGUCGGACGACGGACGGAGCCAGGACCAUCGGGGCGCUCAAGUCGAAGGCGAAGAUGGCCGUGAUCAGCGAGGAGACCGACGACAGCGACAUGAAGGCGAACUGGGACAUGCCAGCCGAUCCGUGGGUCGACGGGAGUCUCAGGGGGCUCGACCUGUCGGAGGAGACGAUGGGCCCCGUCGAGCUCGAGUUGUUUUACGAGGGGAACUUCCUGCUGGCCCCGGGCCCGAAGAGGGGCCUGCAGGGCAAGUGCAUCCACCCGAUGGAGGCCCGGAAGCGCGGUGGGAAACAGUACGGGACCUUCGUCCACUGCGCGAUCUGCAAGGAGCGCCUCACCAUGCAUCGCAAGUCCAAGAAGGAGAUCGAGGAGGCCCGCCAGGUCAAGAAGGAGGAGAGGGAGCUUGCGGCGAGGGUCGUCAAGGAGCUCAAGAAGGAGAUGACCGAGCCGCGCGAGUCCAGCUUCCCGCCCUUCGCCAGGAAAGCCGAGCCCGUGGACUGGCUGGGGCGCCGGCUCAGAGUCAAGGCGGCGGUCAAGACGGGCUCCCCGGUGAAGGUGGAUCAGGAUGCACCGAUCGAGGCGGACCGCCAGUCCGUGCAGGAGCAGAUCGAGGAGUUGCGUCAGACGAUGGUCCAGCAGCAGAACACGGGUCUCAACGGCCAGCUGAGCGAGCUGACGGGCCUUCUGCGCGCGCUGGUCGCCGGCCAGGCGGGCGGAUCGGGCGGGGGCCGACCACCUAGGGGCACCGAGGGCGAACCGGCCCGUGCUAACGAGGACGGGGCUCGAAGCAGCCCGUUGGGGACUGGCGGCCUGCAGCACGAGGCAUCCGCCGCCCUCCCGCAAAACAGACCAGAGCCCUCAGUCUUGAAGUCGACCAUCUUCGCUCUCUCGGAUCUUCCGCUCGGAGACCAGAUCGCCGGGGGCCUUCCAGGGGCCGGGGCCGCGGGGUCCUGGACUGGGAAGGGUCUCCGGGUCCUGGGCGGGGCCAGGAUCAGGGUCGAGGAGGGUAAGCAGCAGGAAGGAGGCCGAGAGACCAUCGAGCUGGUCGACACGCUGUGGACCUCGACGUCUGCGGUGGAGUUGGCGCAGGCCCUAGCGGGCCGUGGCAGUGAGCACCUCAAGAUCAGCACGCGGACUAGGUCCGGGCCUCGGGAGGUCUCGGCCGCAUUCAUCACGGAGACCGAUGAGGAUAUUUUGGAGAAGACCGGGGUCCCAGCGUCCAGCCUCUGCGAGUCGCGGGCUGUCUUCGAUCGGAGUCGGCUUCCCGGAGAG